AUGGAUAUGGGCUCGUUGGAAACUCUGUUGGCUCCUCAUCGAGAUGCUCUUCGCAGAUUAUGUGAAACGGAAAUGAAUUGGCGAUAUGCACAACGCAUGAAUCGUCCUAUUCCACCGGUAUUGCGCCGCCGAAAUUUAGUAUUGAUAAAAUAUCAUAUUGAAGCUAUUCUCAGAGGUUUAUUAGCUAGCACUAUUAUAAUAUUUAUGUCAAUAUAUAAAUUUUUUCUAGCAAAAUAUUCAUUGAUACCAGAUGGUCGAUAUGGUACAACUAUAACUGUUGAACUUUGCAGUGUUACGUAUGAGUCAGAUCAAGAGAUGGAUGUAAAUCAAGAAUCUGAUACUGAAACUAACGAAGUUUCAAGUACACAAAAUAAUGAUGUUGCCAUAGAAGAUUAA